AUGGGUCAGCCAAUUCUCGCUCUUACACCAAUCCAUAACGAUGUCAGUCUUGUUCGAAACGCCCUCCGCCGGUGUUUGUCAAACAAGCUCAAGGCGGAGGAUGUCACGUUUCUCGAGCUAUUUUCACGCAUUCUCAUUGGUCGCAAGACUUGCCCAGAUGAAAUCUCAAGAACACUAGAAAGAGGCAUUGAUGUCGAAUGGGAAGAUAUUUAUGAUCUAGUUAAUCCUUUCGGCGACACAAGAGGUCGCUCAUUCAAUAGUGUUUGGACGUUCGACCUCGACAAGGACGUUCUCUUUCUCACAGAGCAUGACAAGCUUUGCUCGGCACCUCUCAGCCUGGCAAGAGAUAGACUACUUACCUUGGACGACUUUGAGCUGGUUAGAUCGCCUACCGAGGAAAUCGUAGAAGAGAUUACUGUGCCAGCACCGUACUGGGAUUUUCAAUUUGAUUUUGAUCAGAGAAAGAAGGCAUUCCUUGGCCGCAUACUCCGAGACUUUGGUCAUACAUGGCGCCAUUUACUGCGGAGAGAAAUAAAUAAUACCACAUUCAUGAAGCUAGCAUAUGCCGUUAUCUGGAUUAUAAGCAUGGACUUCGGUUUAGUGGAACGUACAGGAUUUGAGCACGUUGGUGGUCGUGGCGGACGAUAUGUCGGAGCGGCAGAUUUGUCACGAUGGGACGCACCAGAUAAAGCGAUCGUCCAGGUUGGCUCACGCUGGUUUGUCUUGGCACGAUAUAUUCGCAAGGGCCUUGCGAUGAUACGAGAACAUAUGGGAAGCCUCGCAGCGAUCGCCGAAACAACGACUGGUACUGCAAGCUACGCAAUAUUGACCCUCAGGCAAAUCGUCUGCUGCAAGGUCCACGAAGGCGACUUGGUGUACACAAGACCAGAGCCAUUAUUCAGCGACACACCCUCCUCUGAUUCUGCCAUCGACCUUAUCCUCUUCGCAUCGGACAUACGUCAAGUAGAACCUAAGCCUUGCAGGCUCAAUUGCCUCCCUGUCGAGAUCCAGGAUAGAAUCCUUCUUGGUGCGGCAACAAGAAGCUUUGCAGCAGCGAAAUUGGGCGUUGAAUUUUCUUUAGGACCGCCAUUGUCCUGGGCUGACCAACGCAGGAAGAUCAAGCUGGAAGAGGUACUGAGACAUCGGACAGAGGCAUCACCCGUCGAAUCUCAAAUCGUUUUUAACGGGGUGAUGAGUAGUUUGUCAUAUAAGUGCGAGGCAGUACCUAUAGGUUUCAAGGUCGACAGAAGCUUGCUUCCGGCGCCUCCUCGUCUCACGGUUGCUGUGCCUUCGCCAUAG